UUUAUGGCUUCGGUUAAUUGCCUUCCUUUUGGACUAUUAACCUUGUGAUCUCCAUCUGUACCUCCUCUCUCGCUCUCGCUCUCUCUCUCUCUUGUUGGAAUUAGAGUGAGAGGAAUGACGACUGUCACUGCCCUCUUUCUUUCUUUAGUUCCUGAAACCGAAUUAAAGCUGGAGAGGAGAAGACGAGAAGUGAUGGAACAGUAGCAGAGAGUGCAAGCUCCGAGGCUUGGAGAACCAAAGAUCCCAGUUCUGAAGCCAUGGAGAGGCACAGAUGCAAGCUCUGCCACCGCCGCUUCUCCAAUGGCCGCGCCCUCGGCGGCCACAUGCGCUCCCACGUCGCCCCUGCCCCUCGUCCCAUGAAGGCCCAGCAGCACCUCCCUUCUCCGUGCGCAUCCUCGUCCUCCUUCCCGGCGGCGGAUGAGGACAGUGUGGCGCCGGCGACGACGUACGGCCUCCGCGAGAAAUCCAGGAGAAGAUCCGGCCUUGUCGAUCCGGAGUUCUCCUCUUCCAUCGCCACAGCGAAGGGAGCCGGCAGCGGAGCUUUUCCUGUCGUCCAGGACGGAGAGAGCGACACGGAGACGUCCUUCCGACGGCGGCUCACCCGCCCUCGCCGCCUAGAGGAUCCGUCCGCCGACGCCGAGCCACUCAGCUCCGUCUCUGACGCAUCCCCCGACGAGGACGUCGCCCGCUGCCUCAUGCUGCUCUCCCGCGACGCCUGGUCCAGGUGCGAAGCAGAAGCACGCCAAUCCAACGGCUGUGACAACGCCAACGAGGACGAACUCUAUUACGAGGAGGAGGAGGAGGAGACGCAGCCGCAGGCCACCGCUAGAUCGUGGCGGAAGAGGACGAGGUACCAGUGCGGUACGUGCAAGAAAUACUUCCGAUCGUAUCAAGCUCUCGGCGGCCACCGCGCGAGCCACAAGAGGGUGGGGGUAGAAUGCUUUCCGAUCGCCGGGAUCCGAAACCGCGGCAAGGAUCCCUCUGAUGCCAAUGCCGCCGAUCGCGAUCCCAAGGUAUUCGAGUGCCCAUACUGCUACAGGGUCUUCUCCUCCGGCCAGGCUCUCGGCGGGCACAAAAGAUCCCAUUUUUCCACCACCACCCCUGCUCGCCCUGCGCCGCUGCCGCCGCCGCCGCCACCGCCGCACUAUCCCUUCGCGGUCAACGACGGUUUCAUAGAUCUCAACCUGCCAGCUCAGUUGGAGGAGGAGGCGGAACUCUCGGCGCUCUCCGUCGCAACGGAGUUCGCGUCAAAGUGAUCCCCUUUCUCAAAGACGCCAUUUUGGAGGCAAUUCGAGGUAAAUUAUCCAGAGGAGACGCUAUAAAUAACGAAAAAUCUAAUCUUUCAGUGGUUAGACUGGAAGAAAACGCAAUCCGAGCCUCAUCCUUAUCGAUUUUUCAUUGUGUUCUGUGCGAGUCGGAUUUGGGUCAUCAGUUAGAGUCGAAUGAUAUGAAUCAUAGAGUGAGGAAAAGAAUGUAAAAAGAACUUGCUUCUUUGUUCUACUUCUUUGUACUGUAAUUAUGUGAGUUAAAGGCCAA